UACCUAACCUUCUAUAAUUGAAUCAUGUGAAUUCACUGCUGUAAUCAAGCGCCUUGCACUUGAUUCUGAAUUAAGUUGAUUGCGCGUUGUCUACCUUUACCGUGCUUCGUUUAAUAAUUCAAAUUAUAGGUGCUACGCUGAUUAAAAAACUGAGACGAGCGCUAACAACCAAGCUUGAUUGUGAUAUCGAACGAGUAGAACUUGAGAGUCUUUCAAUUGUUAACGAAGCGGCAGUAUGGCAUUCGUCCAAAUUUUAGUCAGGUGCUCUGCGAGAGUUGCGUUCCUUAACAAUUCAAUCGGGUUAGUGAAAACCCUUAACAAAUUUGGGUACUGUCAUCGGACAUCCAAUCUUAAUAUGAUUACAAAUCAACAGCUCAUACGUACAUUUUCUGUUGGCACACAGCUCCAGCAAGAUGUGAACAUUACGUUUUUACGUGCCAAUGGCCAGGAAAUACAUACAAAGGGCAAAGUGGGCGAUACAUUACUGGAUGUGGUGGUAAAUAAUCAUAUUGAUUUGGAUGGCUUUGGAGCAUGUGAGGGUACUUUGACUUGCUCCACAUGCCAUUUAAUUUUCAAACCAGAGGAUUUCGAGAAACUGCCAGACAAGGCCGGCGAUGAAGAACUGGAUAUGUUAGAUCUAGCUUAUGAAAUUACGGAUACGUCACGUCUAGGUUGCCAAAUAACUCUUACAAAGAGCAUGGACGGUCUGGUUGUGAAAGUGCCUGCAACAAUUAAUGAUGCCCGUAGUGCGUAACAAUCAAUCGAAUCAUUAAACGAAAUUUAACAUAAUAAUUAUUGUUUUUGCCAAUCAAUUUAACAAAGCAAACGAAAACGUACAUACAUGUGUUCAUAGCUAUGAAUAUAAAUAAUUUAUAUUAUUUUGAUUGUAACGGCAGCGACAGUGUUGCUGCUUGAAUAAAUGAAUAUCAUAUUUGUAUAUACAAAUUUAAAUUGUUUAUUUGUACAUAAAUAUCUAUGUAUAUAUUUCAAUGUAGUAGUUAAAACUUCCAAAUCCUUUUGCACACCACACCAGUAAGAACAAAGCAAUACAAGAUUGAAUUAAAAAUUUAGCAGAAUUUCAACUACUUAUUUUUAUAAAAUAAAUAUGUGCGAAAAAAUAUA